AUGCUUUUAAAGUCUCGCACGCGCUGGAUCGGCUCUCACACUGAGUUACUGUUGACCCGUAGACGCGUCGACCAAGAGGAGAAGAGUCAGUGGAAAUUAGAGAUGACAACACCGACCGCGCGGCAGCUGUGUCUGUUGCAUUUGUUCUGGUGCCUCGGAUGCUGGAGCGCAUCAGCAGAGUCCUACGCCAGACCAUCCAAUCAAUGGGAAAACGGGAUAUCUAUAAGAAAGCUUCCAGGGGUCCAGAGGAGUGAUGACAUGGGAAAUAUGGUGUGGGCAGACCAGAAUGAGGGGCAAGUUCAGAACAUAUUCAAAAGAUUCCUGUUUCAUUAUUCUAAAGGACACAACUCCAUAGGCACUGUACAGCAUGAGUCUCACUCGGUGCACCCCCUGAUGCGGCUGUUCCCCAAACUUUCCCAGAGGAGGAAGAAGCUGGUACUCUUGAAGAUCCGGGCCCUUCCAGUGGCGAUGUUGUAAAAAUCUGGGCACCACAGAAGAGGAGCAACCGGGAGGCUCAAAGGAGAUCAGGCACGAACCGGUGGAUGAAUAAGUGUAGCCGCUUCUAAUGUUUCUCCG